GCCAUAAUGUGAUUGUAAUUUGUAUGAUCUUAUCGUAGUCAUCAGCCUACUCGGCUAGGCUGGUCGAGCUAUUUUGUUCUUGAUUGUGUGGCUGAUUUGCACGGCAGUAGCUAGCCUACAGGUUUCUGUUGGUGCCUAAAGCUGCCACGCGAACGACUUUACUGCUUGCAACUCGCGAAUACGAGAUGAGUUACUCCACGGAGGUCGGCGGGAACAGCAUUGCUGGUUGUCAGAACCAAUACACUGACCAAGAUCCUAGGAGCUCGCGAAGGUAAUCUUCAUCGCUAGGCUGUGCAAUGAGUAUUGAGCACCGUGGCAGUCUUUCUCCAAGUGAUAAACUAGUGAACAAUCGUUGAAGCCAGCGACGCGAUUGAGCCAGUCAGCCUCUGAAAAUAUGCUGCUCGUAGAGCUAGCAUUUUGAUUGGGGAGAGAUUUCAAGCGGGUCGUUGCAAGUAGUAGUAGCGAGUAUGUCGGCCAGGCUUGCAGCUUUACGCUACUGCUUUGCGAUGGUGUUGGUGUACGUAGUGAUCGCUAGCGCCAGUAGAAGAGGUGUGUAUGCUGAUGAGAGCUCGCUAACCCCCUGUCACUGCACGGUAGGAGCGGGCUGUAUCAACAACACGUGCUACAUUGAUGACAGCGAACCCAGAGAGCAAUGUCUAGUGAGUUUUCUCUAUGAGCCACCACGGUACGCCUGCUUGAAGGAAAGCAUUUUGCAUGCAACACGCUGUGUCGAGAUCUCUCCUGGGCAGCUGACCCGUUGUUGCCGCCGCGUGGCGUUCUGCAAUGUGGACUUCUCGGGACCUGUUCCAACAGAACCGGCUUUGCUUGUAACAACAGCAGAUCCCGAAACCACCACGGCAAGCAGUGCACUCUCCACAGCUACCGUUGCUUCCAUAUCUGCCGUUGCGUUCUGUAUCCUCAUCAUCUGCCUGCUGUUAAUGGUGUGCAUUCGAAGGCGGCAGAAACACUGGGAAGAGCUGAGAGCAGGCCGUGUUGUACACGGCCCGCUGGAGGAAGGUCCAUGGGCUGAGGACGGUUGUGCGGGCAUAGGGGACGGUGGCAGCUCAAGUGGUCGUGGUCCACUAGUACUCGAUGCCCGAACUCUAUCACGUGAGUUUGAAUCACGCACUAAAGUAUCUACCGGUCGCUAUGGUGACAUACUCCGUGCAAGGUGGCGAAGUCGGUUCGUGUCGAUAAAGACGUUUAAGCUGAAGGAUGAGGAAGCUUUCAAGUGGGAGAAGGGUCUGUAUUUGUCGUUUGGCCUCAAUCACAAUCAUCUGCUGGAGUUCAUUGCUGCCGACACACAGGAUUGUCAACUGGAAACACAGCAGUGGCUGGUGACAGCUCACCAUGACAACGGGACGCUGCUGCGCUUCCUCAGAGCGGCACACCCGUCGUACGACUUCAUCCUGGCGUGUCAGCUGGCGCGCUCCAUAGCCAGCGGUCUUGCUUACCUGCACAGCUCCAUUGCCGGAGCUGCGCGUGCCAAGUCGAGUGCGGCGGCGGCAGCAGCGGCCGGCAGUGAGAUGAUGGGCAUGGGCAACAAGCCGAGCAUUGCUCACUGUGCGCUCAGCAGCGAUGUCAUUCUCAUCAAGAGUGACAUGACCUGCUGUCUGUCUGACCUCACCAUGGCAACACAGCUGGCAACCGACUCCAAGACCAUCCUGAACACAGCGCCAGUCCUGUCAAAGGCAGCAGCCCACCGGUACAUGGCCCCAGAGCUGUUGCUUGACACCAUCAACACUGGCCUGUUUGAAUCCUACAGACAACUAGAUAUGUACGCGUUUGCUCUUCUGCUGUGGGAAAUCAUAUGGUGCUGCCCGAUGCUGCCCAACCGCCUGGCGCAUCGCAUGCCGUUCGAAGGCAUUGUUGCACCGUUUGCAUCUGUAGGCGACUGGGCUCAUGUGGUCGGCACGAUGCACGUACGACCGCCUGUGUGCAGUGAAUGGAAAGAGAACAAGGCAGUGGCUCGGUAUGACAAUCUGAUGAAGUCGUGCUGGAAUUCACGUGCCAAUGGCCGCAGGACGGCCCUGAACGCUACCAAGACGCUGCACGCAUGUCUGGAAGAAUUCCACAAAGACUGCAACGCUCCGCCAUCACCUGCUGGUACUGCUGCUGCUGCUGCUCCUUUGCCCAAUGGGCAUGUUACUGACGCUGAUCGGCCUGUCCAAGCACCCCAAGGCGUAACAAAUGAUCUGGUUGAUCGGGCCAUUGGUCAAGCACCCAACAACGUAGCUGGUAAUGCAGCCAGUGUUUCUGAUGCGGGUGAGCCAUCACACAGUACAGUUGAAAACACAGAUACCAGCUCUCCACCGGGUGAUCACAGCGCCGAAGCCAAUACUUCAGAUAACAGCCCAGCAAUGUCAGGAGAGAGUCCGUAUGAUGUAACGGAGGACGCACUGAGUUGCGCAUCGACCUCUUCGGAAACCAGCCUUUAGCCUAGCAUGCGGACACGGAGCAAGAUAUGAAAGCUGCUUUCCAGCUACGCCAUAGCCUAGGUGCUGGUGUAAAAUAAGUGACGGAUUAGCGCUAUUCAUAUUUUGAUUUCUUGAAGUGGCUAUGGGCAUGGUGCUUCUUGCCGACUUGAUCUUGAUAGUACUAUACUACUAAAUUGGUAGAUAUAGCCUAUGGUAAAGGUACAGUACAGAACUCUUGCAUCGAGAUCUGUGGAUACUAACCAUGGCGGUAGUAAUUGGAUGUGUUGACCCUUUGUAGUAGUUUCCCUGGCCUAGCUGUUGAGAAAUGCUUCACUGCUACUCUGUACUACCAGGUAGUACUAGCAGAAUGCAUGUUCCAAGACAAGCUGACUUGAAGCAAAUCCCUUGAUUUUCAGUUGUGGGUGCUGACACUAUGCAGUUUAUGUUCAAUUUAGAGAGUUUUUAGGUAACCUAUAGCUGUUUUAUUUCAAUGUGCAGCCGUACUAUUAUGAGUGACAGAAACUCUUUCGAAGCA